CCGACAUAUUUACAUGUGCAAUUGCAUUCUCUUCUACGUGUCUCUCUUUUUCCGAAUCCAACCAAGGCAUUGUACAGCGUAACCUGUACCAGAAAAUGUUGUAAUGCCCGAAAUUACCCUCACUUACAUUUCCACUCUUUCAUGUUACUCAACAACCUUCCUUCGUUUUCAUUCUUCAAUGACAACCACCAACCUGAUAAAGCAUUCUCCAGUUUCACAAGAAACUUCACUUCAUAAACCUGCAAUCUUCCAUUUUACUUGCAUCUCCAUUUCUCUGUCUUCAAAGUUGCCAUUUCCUAGUCCUAUGUAUUUGUUCUAUGAAUGUUUUGAUUUUGUUGCAGCUAAGAUGUUUGUGUUUUUGUUCACUAGCUUUUUCAGUUUUCAGCUUUCAUGCUCAUGUUAGUAAUAGUAUGGUAACAUAGAUGUAGAAUCUGAUUUCUUUUUGUGUACAUUUAUAAUGGAUAUUUGGGAUAGUUUGUGGGUUGUGCAAUUUAUGCAGAUGCUGGGUUUGUUUAGUUUUUGGGUCUCAUUUUCAAAGUUUAGGACUUUAUUCUCAAGAGCUUUUGGUUUUGUUCAGAAUAUUGUUAAGGAGAAAUGCAAUGCAUCAUGGAUCUUAGUUUCUUUCAAUGGGGUAGUCACAACUGGGUCAUUGAUAUCCUUAAUCUUGGUCCUUUCCUGGGCAUAUUCAUAUGCAUUUCCGAGUCCUACCACUGUGGUUCAGAGUUUUGAGAUUCCCAACAGUUCUCACACACUGGUUCAGAGCUAUGAGGUUCUGAAAUCCAAUGUUUCUGUGGGUGCCUGCAACGUGUUUGAUGGAAGUUGGAUAAGGGAUGAUGGCUACCCUUUAUAUGAUGCUUCUCACUGCCCUUUUGCAGAAAGGGGUUUUAAUUGCUUUGCUAAUGGGCGUAAGGAUAGAGGCUACACAAAAUGGAGGUGGAAACCCAAGAAUUGUGACAUUCCAAGGUUUGAUGCCCGUGGAAUACUUGAACAACUUCGUGGGAAAAGGGUGGUUUUUGUUGGCGAUUCGUUGAGCCGGACGCAAUGGGAGUCCUUGAUUUGUUUGCUGAUGACAGGAGUUGAGGAUAAGAAGAGUGUGUAUGAAAUCAAAGGCAAUAAGAUCACAAAGCAGAUUAGGUUUUUAGGUGUGAGAUUUAGUACUUUUGAUGUUAGAAUUGAUUUUUAUCGAUCAAUUUUCCUGGUGAAGCCUGGUCCUGUGCCUAGACAUUCACCCCAAAGGGUGAAGACAACACUGAGAUUGGAUAAGAUGGAUGAUAUUAGCCAUGAGUGGAUUGAUUCAGAUGUUCUCAUAUUCAAUUCAGGUCACUGGUGGUCAAGGACUAAGCUUUUUGACAUGGGCUGGUACUUUCAGGUUGGUAACUCACUGAAGCUUGGAAUGCCAAUUAAUUCUGCUUUCAACACAGCUUUACUCACCUGGGCCUCUUGGGUAGAGAAUACAAUUAACACAAACAGGACAAGAGUAUUCUUCCGUACCUUUGAAUCAUCUCACUGGAGUGGACAGAACCGCCACGCUUGCAAGGUGGCCCGAAGGCCUUGGAAGAGAACAAAUGGCAGGGACAAGAGUCCAAUUUCAGACAUGAUCAACAGAGUUGUGAAAAAAAUGACUGUUCCUGUGACAGUUCUGCAUGUUACACCCAUGGGAGCAUAUAGGAGUGAUGGACAUGUGGGUACAUGGAGUGACAAGCCAUCUGUGCCAGAUUGCAGUCAUUGGUGUCUACCUGGUGUUCCUGAUAUGUGGAACGAAAUUCUCUUCUCAUAUUUGCUACCAAAAGAUGGAGCAAAUUAACAUCAAAGCUGGUAACAUAUAGCUACAUUUAGUCUUUGUAUUAAUUGAUGUUGUUUUCAAAUUCAACUGUAAACAUUAUAAGCACUGAUCCCUUUUAACUUGAGAGUUCAUCUGUGGAACCAAUGUUUAUGCUAAACAAAGAUACUAGAACUGUAAUGUUCCUGUGCCAAUCCUUGGAUGAUUGAAGUAUACAUUUAAUCUAAUUGCAUCUUAAAA